AAAUAAACAAACUAGAAAUGAUUGAUGGCGCAAACCCAACGGAAGUUUACAGGACAGAAAGCAGGAAGGACAUGCCCAGUGGCAUAGCAGUGCGUGCGGGCACAGCGGGGAGGAUGGGGAGGGGAGGACUCCACCCCUUCUGGAUCAGCAUUGGGUUCUCAAAAAACCGAAAGAUUAAACCGCAGGUUCCGUUAUGGGUCGACUUGAUGGGAAGGUCAUCGUCCUGACAGCUGCUGCUCAGGGGAUCGGCCGGGCCACUGCCAUAGCUUUUGCAAGAGAAGGUGCCAAAGUCAUAGCCACAGAUAUCAAUGAGUCCAAACUUCAAGAACUGGAAAAGUACCCGGGUAUUCAGACUCGAGUCCUGGAUGUCACAAAAAAAAAACAAAUUGAUGAGUUUGUCAAUGAAAUUGAGAGAGUUGACAUUCUCUUUAAUGUUGCUGGUUUUGUUCAUCAUGGAACCAUCCUGGACUGUGAGGAGAAAGACUGGGACUUCUCAAUGAAUCUUAACGUCCGCAGCAUGUACCUGAUGAUCAAGGCCUUUCUUCCUAAAGUAAGUGCUUCACGAGUAUCAGUGAGGAACGUAGGUGUGAGGCACAGUGGAGCUGAAAUUUACACUUAUGCUUGCUCACAAAUCGGGCAAUAUUAUCAACAUGUCCUCUGUGGCUUCCAGCAUCAAAGUCACCAUAUGUUGCCCGCAGCCGCAAAGGGCAAGGAAUGACAGGCACCGCCAAGGCUAUUUGGUUGUUUCAGCAAUCAAAGGUUUUGGAUAAAGGGAAACAGAACAAGGAGUGGGCAUAAGGGAGAACAACAAAUCGGUACUUACAACAUCCACACCACAAUCAGCUGGGGAAGUCCCAACAGUUUGUACGGCGGGUGGGAGUGCCGAUUGUCCGGGUCUGAGGCAAGGUGUCCUUUCCUCAGUGAGACUCCCAACUGUUCUAUGCCUGUGACUCCCUUUUACCCUAAGGUUUCUCUGGGUUCUGACUCAGGGUUUUAGACAUUUGGAUAUUUUGAGUUAUUUCUUCUUGUUCCCACAGAUGGGGUGCUUCUAUCUUUUUCGUUCCCAUGGAUAGGAUGUUUCUAAAGUCCUGUCAGGUGCCCGUCAGGGUGGCCAGCCCAGACAAGGAACAUGACACAGGACUCAUUCUUUGUAACUUGUGCCUUAGAGUCAGGGCCGAAGUGGCCCUGAGCCCAGACACAUUCCUUUGUGUAGGGCCCAGGCCCAGUAUCCUUGGAAGGUGGGGAGGUCAAUGAACUCUGUGCACCUUAUAAAUGGUGCCUCUUCACCCCUUGUGCCCACACCCUAACCCCCUUCCCCCUGGUAACCACUAAACUGUUUUCUUUGUCCAUGUGUUAGUUUUUCUUCCACAUAUGAGUGAAAUCAUAUG